UCAGCGUUGCAAGUGGAUAGCACAUUUGAAAAAUUUAAAGCUCGGAACAGAACUGGCCGUCUUGCGAGGGUAAUGGCUCCAAGCACCAGCCCUACUCAUUACAACAGAGCGCGCAAGGCACACAGCUUCAUGGAGAAGGAGCGCAUGAAGGCUGACUGCAAGGAAUACCUGCCAGACGUUUUGCUUUCUGGCGGUAAAGCCGUGAGACAGGAGGCUGUAGCAGCUUCUCCAAAAGAUGCAGAGGCCAUCAAGAGAUUGUUCCCAAACACCUCGGGCAUCCCACUUGUGGAACUUGAAGCUGGAGAUGCACCUUCCCCAAAGGAUCCCUUGAAGGUUGGUGUGGUCCUGUCUGGUGGGCAGGCACCUGGAGGCCACAACGUCAUCGCCGGCAUUUACGAUGGCAUCAAAGCAUGGAAUAAGGACUCCAGCAUGUAUGGAUUCCUGGAUGGACCUCACGGAGUGUUCUCUGGCAACUUCGUGGUGAUUACCGAUGCGAUCAUGGAUGGAUUCCGCAAUACUGGUGGCUUCGACAUGCUGGGCAGCGGACGCCACAAGAUCGAGACGCAGGAACAGUUCGAGGACUCAAUGCUGGUGUGCAAUGCCAUUGGGCUAGAUGGCUUGGUCAUUAUUGGAGGAGAUGACUCAAACACCAAUGGUGCAGUCUUGGCUGAGUACUUCAAGGAGAAUGACUGCAAGACGAAAGUCAUUGGCACUCCGAAGACCAUCGACGGAGACUUGAAGUGUCCGCCGCACGUGCCUGUGUCUUUUGGCUUCGACACAGCCUGCAAGACAUUUGCCACUUUGGUAGGAAACGUGGCAGUUGAUGCAUUGAGUGCCCAGAAGUACUACCACUUAGUCCGCUUGAUGGGCCGAUCCGCGUCCCAUAUUGCCUUGGAAGUUGCACUCUUGACACAUCCUAAUGCAUGCCUAUUUGGCGAAGAGGUAGCUGAAGGAAGACAAAGCUUGAAAGACAUCACGAUGGAACUGGCAGACAUGAUCGAAGCACGAAGCAAAGAUGGCAAGGACUACGGUGUGAUUCUCAUUCCAGAAGGUCUCAUUGAGCUCAUCCCCGAAAUCAAAGCUUUGAUUUCAGAAAUCAACGACAAGCUUUCGCAGCCAGAAAUUCAACCAACAGAGGAGGCCAUUCUGGGCGUCCUGUCCAAAGAGAAUGCUGAAUGCUUCAGGUAUUUGCCUGGAUUUAUCCGGGCUCAGCUGCUCCUCGACCGUGAUCCCCAUGGCAAUGUGCAGGUUGCAAAGAUUGAGACUGAAAAAUUGCUGGCUGCAACAGUUCACAACGAACUGGAGAACCGAAGGUCUUCUGGGUAUGAAGGCACCUUUUCUCCUCAACUCCAUGCAUUUGGAUACGAAGGAAGAGCGGGCAUGCCCACUAUCUUUGAUUCAGCGUAUUGCUACGCAUUGGGAUACACCGCAUCCUCACUGCUGGUCAAUGGCUGUACAGGCCUCAUUGCCAGUGUGAAGAACUUAUUGGCCCCUUGCAAGGAGUGGCAAUGUGGUGGCGUGCCAAUCACAUCCUUAUGUGUCAUCGAAAGGCGGAAGGGCAAGGACAAGCCUGUGAUUCGCAAAGCCUUGGUAGAAAUGACUGGUGGCCUGUCUCAGCCCUUCCAGUUCUACAAGAAGAUCCGGGACCAUCUUAAAAUCUGCGACAUGUACCGCAUCCCUGGGCCCACGCAAUUUGACAUGGUAAACUGUGAAGUUUCCAAGGACAUCCCUAUGACUCUGCAACUAGAGCUGGGAAGGACCUGGGAGUUGCAGGUUCCCACGGAAAAGCCAAAGAGGAUGGGAAAGUUCCUCUUCUUGCCGCAAGCGAAGAGGAUGCGCUCGGAGCUGCAGAGGUGGAGAGCUUUGAUGAUCACCAAGGAUCGCGAGCGUCGUUUGCCAGCUGCCAUCAGUACAUUCAAUGCGAAUGCUGUGACAGUGAAAAAGGGAGAGGAGACUUGCUGCAAUGCUCAUACAGUGGUCUCGAGGUACUUCUCAGAAGUUCAUGCACCAAUCCUGGACAUCGUACCGACCGAGGAACGCAAUGCACCGAUCCAUGACAAGAAGAUUGGCAUCGUGUUUUGUGGGCGACAGGCUCCAGGAUGUCAUGACUUUGUUUGCGGUUUGGUGGAUAUGCUGCCUGUAAAUCAUGGAAACAAAGUCUACGGCUUUGUCGGCGGCACUCAUGGCUUGAUGGACAAGCAGGCUGUCGAACUGGAUCCAGAGCUUUGCGACUCUUUCUGCGGCGCAGGUGGUUUGGAGAUGCUUGGACGAACAGUCGAUCGAAUCAACACCCAGGAGGAGAAGGAGAUGGCUAAGAGCACUUGCCAGGAUUUGGACCUAGAUGGCUUGGUGCUGGUGGGAGGAGCACGCACAAACACCGAUGCAGCUUAUUUGUCAGAGUACUUCAAGCAGAACAAGGUGAAGACCGGUGUUGUGGGCGUCCCCUGUGGCAUUGAAGGUAGCAUGGUGAACGAAUUUGUCGAAGCGUCUCUGGGUUUUGACUCUGCUACCAAAGCCAUGUCAGAGCUUGUUGGAAACACUGCAAUCGAUGGAUCGAGCGCUAGGAAGUACUACUACUUUCUGAAGCUCAUGGAUGGUUCGACAACAGGAGGCAGAAACGCCACAUCGCACGUUGCCUUGGAAGUCGCACUGGAAACGAAGCCAAACCUGCUCCUGCUCUCUGAGGAGGUGGAUGAGCAGCGCAACAAUUUGCGAGAGAUUGUCAAUGGCAUUGCAGAUGUGAUUUCAGCUCGUGCAGAUGACGGCAAGAAUUUCGGCACCGUUCUGAUUGCUGAAGGUUUGCUGGCUGCCAUUCCUGAGUUCCGUACAUUGAUUGCAGAACUGGAGGGCUUUCCGAUGCCCAACACAGUGGACAAGGUUCUCCCAGAGCUGACCACCUGGUCUGCUGCAUUGUUCCGAAGCCUUCCGGAGUUCAUUCAGAAGGAGCUCUUGCUGGAAAGGCAAAGCAAUGCUGCAUUGCAGCUCUCCCAGUUGGAGACAGACCGCCUUAUGGCACGGCUUGUUCAAGAUGAAUUAAAGCAGCGCAAGAAGAAGGGCACAUUCAAAGGAAGCUUCUCUCCCGUUUGCCAAUUCCUUGGGUAUCAGGCACGCUGCUCAAUGCCUUCAGACUUUGACAGUGACUAUGCAUACGCACUGGGUGGAACUGCUGCUGUUCUGGCCACCCGUUCCUGCAAUGGUUAUAUGGCUGUGAUUUCAGAUUUGGCUCAUCCAGUUGAGCGUUGGCAUUGUUGUGGAGUUCCCUUCACUGCCAUGCUACAGGUCGCUCCGCAAGUGCCUGGAGAGUCCUUCCGACCGCGUCCGGGCAUUUUCCCUCGCAAGGUCGACCUUGACGCUGCUGCCUUCAGCUCCUGGAAAGAGGUGCGUGACUCUUGUGCUAAAGAGGAACUCUACGAAAAUCCUGGUCCAAUUCAGUUGUCCGGGUCAAGUGCAAGCCGAGUAACCCAGACCAUCGCCACGCGCUUCUCCUACCUCAAAGAGCUUGAAGGGCUGCAGAGAAACCUGGAGGCGUUGAGAACUCGAUGCCGACCAGGAUGUCAUCUCCGCCAGGUGAAAGUGGCAUCUGGAAUCUUGACAACUUUGAACAGUAUCCUGGACGAACUGUCCGAGCAUGUUGUUCCUACCACAUUUCUUGAACCAGCCGUGAAGUGAGUUUCACUUGAGUUGCGUGCCAUUCACAUGCUGCCGAAACGAUGUUCUGAC